AUUUAUUUGAAAUGAAAAUCCGAGUUCAAAUUUAAGUGGUGGAAAAUGAACUUGCAAGUCCUCCAAUGCAAACAACAAACACUCCGAAUCAGAAUGGCGGGACUUCGCAGCUGCGCAUUGGGGCGCCAAUUGCAUAUUUUGCUGCCAAUAAAAAGUAGAGUCAAUGGAUUCCGUUGUCGUUCAUCUGCCUCCAACGGCAAAAGUAAAGAAACUCAAACACCGCAGCCGCUGAAGGUUGCUGUGAGCGGCGUCACGGAAAUCCUUAGGCUAUUUAUUCCCGCUGGUCGAGGACGAACAGAUUCAGUGGAUGAUGAAUGGAAUGAGCAAGUUUCGAUUUCCAGUGCAGAAGACGUGCUUUCGGUGAUCAGAUCUGAUUAUGAGAAAGCUUAUUUUGUCACAGGACUCUUUACCUCCGCCAUCUAUGCUGAAGAAUGCAUAUUUGAAGAUCCAACCAUCAAAUUUCGAGGUAAGGAAUUAUAUGCACGAAACUUGGGUCUGCUUCUGCCCUUCUUUGAGAGCCCCUCAAUCCAGUUACAAGAAUUAACUAAGGAGCUUGACGGUGAAACAAUAUCCGUAGUUGCUUCCUGGAAACUAAGAACAUACCUUAGACUUCCGUGGAAGCCACUGAUUAGCAUUGAUGGAACAACAACAUAUGAUCUAGAUGAAGAUUUUAGAGUGAAUUGUACGGCAUGUUGAAAGAUGGGGUGUUUCUGCGCUUGAAGCAGUUCUUCAGAUAUUCACUGCUAGCUCUGGAAGUCCAGAUCAAUGAAAGCUCCUACCAGUAUUAGGGGCUCGUCUGUUUGCUCUCCAUUGGAUAGAUCCAUCUAACAUCGAAGGCCUCGGUCCAGUCCAGGGAGAUCAUGCUACGUUCUGCAUCCUGAAUCACUAAACCAUAUACUACAUGUAGUAAACACUGAAUUCUUCAACAUCUGCUUAUCAUUGGGAAAUGAAACCAACUGGUGCCAAAGUUGUGUAUCAUUCAUUUUCAUAGCCAUGUGAGGCAACUUUAUAAUUUUGAAUUUGGUUGGAUAUUUUAUGUACCGUAACGCUUUAAUAAUUUAUGAUGAUCUCGCCAAACGCGCUUAUUGCCGAA